AUGAUUUUGUUUUUUCUUUUUCUCCGAUCAAUUCCUAUUCUAAAAACUCUUUCAAGUACAUCAAAAUUACUAUCUAUACACGAUACUUUUGAUACAACUGGCGGCAUACAAAUUAAUAUCAACGUAUAUCCAUUUUUCUUAGUUUUUAACGACGUACCAGAAGGAUCUAUUUUACAUGAAUAUACAUCAUCGGAUAAAGAUACAUUAGAACUUACAAAUUCAACUCCUGUCGAACAAAUAAAUCUUGUGCAUUAUGUCGAGUAUCCAUUCGCACAACAUAUAAUAGAGAUUACAAAACCCGGAAAUUUUUCGAUUACAUACGGAUCACUUCAAGAUAUGUGCCAAACUGGCGCAUUUUUUACAAAUACAAUACAAAAUUCAAUUACUCUGAACGAAUCAUCAACAGGAAAUGAUAAGAUUUCAAUUUAUGAAGAUAAAUGCAUUAUUUUUACAAAUCCAGCUGAAAAUUUCCAUUUUUUACGGUUAAAUGGAAUUAACGGGCGCGUUAUUUUAUACGGAAAUGGUGUACCUGAUCGAGAGUUUACAGGUACUCUCCUUAAAUAUUUUAUGUUUGACGCUUCUUCGUCUCCUGCCAUUUUCAGAUUUUACUCUUUCGGAGAACCAUCAUCAAUGUUCAUAUCAAUACAGAUCGAAUCUAAAAUGUAUAGACCUAAGAGACAGCUUGUUGCUUUCUGGAAUCCAAAUGAAAAUAAUCAUUGCGAUAAAGUUGAGAAAUGUACCAUUGUUAAAGCUUUGAAAAUCAAAUUGGUCGUUAUAAUCGUAUCAAUAUUGAUCGGAAUUCUUGCUUUCAUGGUUUUCAUCUAUUUUGUUUUAAUGAAAUCAUGCUGCAGGAGGUUCAAAGAGAAGCAGAGGUCUGAUAAUAAUGAAUGGCCAACUUCAAAAGAAAAAGGCCAAAAUAGAACUGAACCAACAGGUACAUUCUUAAUGGAUCCUAUUUUAAGAACGAAUGCUGAUUCUUAUUAA